AUGUCAAUGGACGUUAUAAAAUCAGUAGAACAUUCAUCUAAAAUUCAGAGAGAUAAUCCACAACACAUCAAUGAUAAAACAUUUUUCAUUGAUGCUUCUAAUCAGAACCUGACUACCAUUCCACUGGAGAUCUUAGAAUUAAAAGAGUUAGAAGAAGUACAUUUGGAAAAUAAUGAGAUUGAAGUGAUUCCCCAGGAUAUUCAGUAUUUAAAGAAUGUCAGGAUCCUCUACUUGAACAAGAACAAACUGAGGGAUCUGUGCCCGGACCUGGGGAAACUGAGCAGCCUAGAGGGCCUAGAUCUGAGCAACAACCCCCUUCUUCUCUCCUCCAUUCCUGUCAUCAGCCACAUCCGCACCCUGCGUGAGCUCCGGCUCUACAACAUUUACCUGAGGGAGUUUCCUAUUGUGAUCUGUAAAUCCCUUCACCAUCUGGAGUUGCUCGGACUGUCAGGAAACCUCCUGAAGUCUUUGCCCCAGGAAAUAGUGAACCAGACCAAACUGAGGGAGAUCUACCUGAAGCAAAACAAAUUUGAAGUUUUCCCUCAGGAGCUCUGUGUUCUUUACAACCUGGAGAUCAUUGACCUGGAUGAGAACAAACUAAAUUCCAUUCCAGAAGAGAUUGGGAAUCUGACAAUGCUGCAGAAAUUCUAUGUGGCUUAUAACAAGGUGCCCUUUAUACCCGACUCACUGUACCAUUGUAGCAAAAUGUCAGUCCUUGAUUUUUCCCACAACCUUCUCCACUGCAUCCCACACACCCUCAUCGAGCUCACAGAGAUGACAGAAAUUGGGCUGAGCGGGAACCAGCUGGAGAAGGUGCCCCGCCUCAUUUGUAAGUGGACCUCGCUGCACCUGCUCUACCUGCGCAAUACAGGUCUGCGGAGUCUGCGGCGCUCCUUCAGGCGCCUGGUCAACUUGCGUUUCCUGGAUCUCAGCCAGAACCAGCUGGAACACUAUCCAAUGCAGAUUUGUGCGCUGAAGAACUUGGAAAUCCUGGCGCUGGAUGAUAAUAAAAUACAGCAGUUACCUCCAGACAUUGGCUCACUUACAAAACUGAAGAUACUUGGAUUAACAGGAAACCAGUUCUUUUCCUUUCCAGAGGAAAUCUUUUCUUUAGUGUCUUUGGAGAGACUAUACUUGGGGCAAGAUCAAGGAGUCAAGUUUACCAAUGUGCCAGAAUGCAUUAGCAAACUGCAGAGUCUUAAAGAACUGCGUAUAGAGAACAAUCACCUGAAGUAUCUGCCCGAAUCCUUGGGUUUACUCCCUAACCUGGAAAUUCUUGAUUGCCGUCACAAUUUGCUUAGGCAACUUCCAGAUGCCAUUUGCCAAGCACAAGCUUUGAAAGAAUUACUGCUCGAGGACAACUUGCUCACCCGUCUUCCAGAGAAUUUGGAUACUCUAGUGAAUAUAAGUGCCCUGACGCUGAUGGAAAACCCCAUGGUAGAACCCCCAACAGAAGUGUGCGCUGAAGGCAUUGAGGCUAUACGGAGAUACCUUAAGGAAAAGAGAAAUAUGAAAAUAAUGGCAACAAAGAUCCAGGCGUGGUGGCGUGGAAUAAUGGUAAGGAAAGGACUGGGGAGAUUUGAAGAACUACAAAAACCGAGAAAGAAAGGAAAGACUUCUCCGAAAGAUAAGAAAAGGAAGAAGGCCGAAAAAGGAAAACCUCCAAAGGGAAAUAAGAAAUAGUUUUAUAAAUUGAUGAAUUAGGAUAAUGAAUCCUAAUGGAUUAAGAAGAA